AUGGAUAAACCUGAUUUUUAUUAUUCGCCAUUAAAAUAUAAUGAUCAUUGUGCAUUAUGUUUUGCUUCUACUCUAACAGUUAUAUAUAAUAACAAAACAAUAUUUAUAGAAGAUUUUGAUCAUUUAACAUCAAAACGUUAUUUUAAUUUAAAAUUUAAUCCACUUGCAUUAACAAUGUAUCCAUUAACAAUAACAAAUGAUAAUGAAAAUUAUAUUAUUUUUUGUUUUUUACAAUUAAAUGAAACAAAUAAAUCUAUAUUAAUAACAACAACAACAAUAAAUCAAUAUGAAAAAAAUCCAUCACAUACAUCAACAAUAACAAAUAAUAUACAAAAUGAUCAAUCAAUUGAAACAACAACAACAACAAUAAAUGAACAAAUUAAAAUAAAUAAUAAAUAUGAUUAUUUAAUUGAAUUUUCAAAUUUUAAAUAUAUAUCUAAACAAGCUUUUUUAUAUCAAUUAACUAAAACAAAAAUGAUUUUAUUAAUAAAUACAACGGAUUGUAUACAUAGUUAUUCUAUUGAAUAUGAUCAAAUAACAUUACCAUUAAAAAUACUUUUUUAUCAUUGUAUAUAUCAAUCAUUAAUAAAUGAUAUUGAUAUUGAUUCAAUAAAUCCAAUUAUAUUAGAUGAUGGUUUAAUAAAUAAUGAUCAGCAAUCAAUAAUAAGUGAUAAAGAUGAAAAUUUAGAAAUUAAAUGUGAUGAUAAUAAUAUGAUCUUAAUGAUGAAUAUCAAAAUAAAGAACAAUAUUCAAAUAAGAUAUUAA